CCACUUUCCGUUUUACUCCAUCGUAGCUUCCGCCGACGAUUGCUCCACGACCAGCUUCUUCUCAAUCACCAUUUUACCUGCGCAGCAACCCCAACUCGAUCGGCUUGCCGCUAGCAACCCACCUCCUCGAUUCUUCUUCCAGAUCUGCCAUCCCCCCCUCCGACCGAUUCAUAAACGCCGACGACGAUGUCGCACCACGCUCCCACUUCGCGCCCAAAGCCCCCUCCCCCGGGCAGCGAAGAAGCCUCGACCAUUCUGAACCUCGGCGAAUUCCAGCAUGUAGAUACUUUAACAUUGUCGGAGGCGUCUCUCGUCAUCAACGCGCUUGUGACGAAGCGCAAGAUUGACCGCAAGAACAUCAACGAGACUGAGAUGUUGACACAAACCCUCAACUAUCUCGACGCCUUCUCUCGAUUCCGUCAGAAAGAGAAUGUGGAGGCUGUUGAGAGAUUGCUCAGUGCACACAAGCAGCUUGCCAAGUUUGAACGUGCACAAAUAGGGUCCCUUUGCUGCGAAACCGCCGAGGAAGCAAAGACACUCAUUCCUUCCUUACAAGACAAGAUUAGCGAUGACGAUUUGCAAAUACUUCUUGAUGAGAUCAGCAAGCUCCAGAGCCGAUGAGAGGCCGAGACCCUUUUCUCCCACAAUGAGGAAGACCGAGAGAGACAAGCAUCUACAGCAAACGUGCGAGGCGACGUUGGGGAAAUAACUUUUCCCUUUUUUUCUGCGUUGCCAGCACAUACAGCCAACGGUCAAGCAAAGUGGGAAAUAGCUCCACUAUUUGGGGCAAGACAAAAAGAAGGAGAAAAACGGAAAUGAUCACGAAAAUGCUUCUGCACAGGAAGCCUGCACUGCAUGUUUGGCGUACAUAGGGGGAGGGGAUCAAAUUGUUUUUAAGUAUGUGUUGAAUACCAAAAUACCCCUGAAUUCGGCAAGUAAGGCCAUAUAUACAUACCCGCUCACCCAUAUUC